CUGCGGUGCUUCACCCUCGCGCGCUGCUGUGUUGUCCCGCGUCCUGGCGUGUUUACCGUCCACAUGGCCGAGGAGCUGGACCCCAAGGAGUGGCUGCAGCGCGUGCAGCAGCUAAAGGAUCAGCGCGACGAGCAGGACGCUGAGCGGGUCAAGAAGCUGGAGGAAGAACUAAUCCAGGGCCGGAGCGAGAGACUAGCCCGACGAGCAGAACGCGCGCGUUCGCUCUCUCCCGACAAGCCUUCCACACCGCAAUCGCUACGCUCCGGAGCCGGCACGCCUCGAAAUAUACAGGAAAAGGCUGCGGACACGCCUACGCCGGUCAUGGAGCCGCCCUCGCAGCAAGCGGCACGAGAAGACUCGCUUCAACGCCUGACGGGCUCGCCUGCACAGGCCCUCGAGGACGAUGAGCCGAAAAAGCCUGCACCCAGCGCUGCCGCGUUGGGGCGCUCUGGCACGCUCUCGUGGCAGCGAAGGCCGCAAUCAGGCAGCAUACGACGGCCAAUUUCGGUCACAGCAUCCUCGGCUGACAAAAUCGUUGCUAGCUCGCCGCAUGAGACCCCCGAGCCUUCCUCUCCCGAAUCGGCCGUUUCGCGCAAUCAGAUAGCACAAUCGCUGGGGGCAAAAGAUCCCUCAUGGUUCAGACAGACACCGGACCGAGGGGUUGGUUCAGCGGCAUUCAGGCGGAACCAGGAGGAAAAUACCUCCGAGGCGGGCUCAGCGUCUGGGAGGAGACAGCUUCCGGGCAUGUCGCGAGAGUCCACAGCGGAGCCAGAGGCGGCGAGCCCACCUCCGGAGAGCGUCCUCUCAAGCGGCUCUGUCCGCGGAAGUGCUGCAUGGAGCAACCGCUUCUCGUCCAAUACAUCUUUGUCUGGGGGUGAUGCUGAGACGGCUGGCAAAGCCAAGUCGCCGCUGCCCGUUCUGGAAUCGCAAAAGUUUGCUCCUCCAUCGGAACAAGUGUCCUCAAUCGAUGGCGGGGAUCGUCCAGGCUCCGCGCGGGGUCUCGCAAUGUCACCGACCCAAGGGCGGAUAUCCCCUGAACGCACUGAGCGUCCUGUAUCCCCAACCAAGGGCAUGGGCGGCUUUGUGCAAAGCGCGAUGCUUAAGCGCAGCGACAGCGUAAAUAAGAGAUGGAGCGCGCAGGUACCUCAGAGUCCGAGCAGACAGAACUCCACCUUGAGCAACCGGGGGAGCACGUAUGGUGCGCCAUCAAAGGCAGAUUCAAGGCCCAGCAGCCUCAGUCGAGAUAACUCGAUGGAGCCUUCUUCGCGUCCCGGCUCUAGCUCCAGCAACCUCACAAUCACUAAGGAUGCUACCGACGGCAUACAGAAAGGAGAGUUCGCCAAGCCUCCACUUCCGCAUCACAGCCGAAGCAAGUCUGUUGCAUCGACAUUCAGCGAGGACAAUCGACAGCAAGACGAGACUUCUCCGCCAAGUCCAUCGAAGCGAUGGAGUCCUACGAAAUCGAGUUGGUUGGAGCGCGCGCUGAAUAAACCAGAGUCUCCAAAGCCGAAACAACCGCCUCCACAGCAGCCCGCUUGGAUGUCUGAGAUCAAUCGCAUUAAACAGCAACGUGGCAGUGUUGAUCUGGCCAAGGGAAGCCCUCUGCAUAGCCCGCCGGCAGAUCCCGCAAGCUCUGGGAGAUCAUCACCAAUCAAGGACGUCCAGCUGAAGCCCGUGAGUCUCCGCAAGUCUGAUUCUCCAAAGAAGGAAGAGCCUACCGAGCCCGAGAAAGAUCUAAAGCCGUUGCAACCGUUGCCGAAAGCGAAACCCGUGCUAUCUCCAAAACCAUCAGUUGCUGCCAAAAGCGAAGCGGAACAAGUAAAAGACUCACCAUCCUCGAAAGAGGAUCGUGAAGACUCUAAAGAGGUCCCUAUCACAACCGAACCGAAGCCAAAACCAUCUACCCUCCGUGCUUCGAAGGAGUCACCGCUUGCUUCGCCCGCAGCAAAACCUAAGCCGGAUACUCCACCCAAGAAGGAUUUUCGCGCCAAUCUCAAGUCACGUCAGAACGUAUCAGAUGCUACAAAGCAGGACGUGGUUCCAGAAUUCCAGAGCGUCUUCGGAAAGCUCAAACGGACCGAGACGAAGAACUAUGUUGCUCCAGAUACCCUCAAGGAUAACAUUCUCCGUGGGAAGCAAGGAUUGAACUUCACUGGAGGUCCAAAGCCUUCUGUUCGCCGCGAUGAGUUCAAGGAAAGCUUGAUAAGCCAGAAGGCAGCGAUGCUAGCCAAGGCUCAAGAGACGGGGUCUGUUGUGCACAAGAAGACAGGUAGCUCGUCCCAGCAAUCCGCCACUCCUGAAGCAAUUGCUAUAAGGAAAAAUCUUGGCCGAUCAGACAGCAUGCCGAAGCCUCCACCCCCGAAGGAGAAGGAAGCUACACCCGAAGCGCUCGCCCGGCAACAGAGCCUUCGAACGAGUAAACCCGUAGUACCGGAGAAACACAGCCAAGCUACGUCACCGUUGGUGUCAAAGGAGCCUAUUAGGUCUAGCAAGCUUGCGGAUCGAUUCAAUCCUGCUCUUGCCGGUAUACUUGCGCGAGGCCCACCUACCGUAGCUAAUAGUUCAGCUACAGCAAGUUCAAGCGCAAGUGAAACGACCUCCAAACCUGCAGAAGAGAAGCCAGGACCAGGUCCGGAACUAUCACACAUGACGAAGGGAAGAGCUCGAGGGCCAAAGAGGCGAGCACCAGGCGCAAAGCAGGCCGCAUCCAAAGCAGAGACAGCUCCCCGUGAGGUCGCCCCAGAAAAGGUGACUCCAGUUGCCGCUAUUCCGUUGGUCAAAGCCGAGCAUAUUCUUACAAGUUCUGAACCUUCUAACGAAACCCUAGAGGAACUUCCAGUGGCGAGGACACCAGCGAGGGAGUCGCUCAAGGAGAAACCUGCAAUGCCAGCGAAGUCGCCGGAUCUAACUAGGAAGCUCGAGAAAUCACCGUCCCCAGAGCUCCCCAAAAAGCCCGCAUCAUUAGAGCUCGACCGAAGGGUUUCGGCAGGACUAAAUAUCGCACCGAAAAAGUCCUCCAUACCAGAUCCCGUAGAAGCGCCCAGGCCGUCACCAUUACAGUCCAACAAAGUCUCCUCGUCGCAGUCAUCAAGACCAUUACCCACCCCUUCUGCUAAACCGGAGCCGCAAGCCCUUAAAGAAAUUUCCGCACCGAACACUGAAGUCUCCCCAGCGAAGCGUGAGCCUUCUCCGGAAAAGCCGGCGUUCUCCGUGAAAAGCGCCACGGCGUUGUGGGGCCGACAGUCCGCCUCCUCAUCGCCUGCCCCGACAAGGACUAGGUCGCCGAUCAAACUGCCCACGAAGGCUGACGAAGAAACCGCCCUGGAGAACGCGGGCCUUGUCCGAGCAGCCGAACAAACUGAGACACCGCAGCCAAGGCCUCAAGCACCAAAACCCAAGCCCAUUGGUCUCGGGCUAGGGAGCCUGGGAAGCUUGGGUGGGCUUGUGGCCUCUAGAUCAAGGGAGUCAAGCCCGCCCAAGCCUCAUUCAGCAAAGCCAUUCCCUAUCUCUCCACCGGCGAGCGGUGAUAGGCCUCAAUCUGAGCCCUUCAAAGCGUCACCCAUGCCCGAGAAAGCCGAAGGCAUCUUCUCGGAGUUCUUUGACGAAGCUCCCGUUACCUCAGGCGAACUUCCAGAGAACAUUGACACAACCCAUAUCCUGAAGAAUCCACCGAUAGACUUGGGUCCCUCAGGAAAGAUUAGGACGCUUCGUAAGCAGAUCCACGAGGUAACAGGUGAUGGAAAGCUGUCGGCCCUUCCUAUGCAAGAGGAACAUGUCCUAUUCCAGGACUCCAUGUAUCUCUGCACCCACAUUUUCGGAGACUCAAAGGGCGCGAGGACAACCGAAGUCUAUCUCUGGUCCGGUAACGGUGUCGCAGAACCAACAUUAGAGGACGUCCAGGUUUUCGCGCGAAAUUACGCAAAGCAAAAUCAAGGGAAGGUUGUGGGGAUGCGACAAGGCAAGGAAACGCCCAACUUCUUCGAAGCCCUUGGUGGCAUUGUCAUCACAAGACGCGGAUCGCGCCCAGCCCUGAAGGAGUACAUGCUUUGCGGACGUAGACAUCUGGGUCACAUCGCUUUUGACGAAGUCGAUUUCUCCUUGAAGAGUCUCUGCUCAGGAUAUGCAUACAUCAUUUCUACCGAGGCAGGAAAGGUAUAUCUCUGGAAAGGUCGCGGAUGCUCAGCGGAAGAGCUGUCGGGCGCCCGUCUGAUGGGAAUGGAUCUCGCUCCCACUGGCGACUUUACCGAGAUUGACGAAGGCUCUGAGCCCCCAGAGCUGUUCAAUAUCUUCCCUCCCCAGGAAGGAAAAGGCCCUGCGAUUCCCCGCUCAGCAGACCAUUGGCGCUACAAAGCCACGGCCGACCGGUAUCGAACGCGGUUGUUCAAAAUCGAGCAGCAGCAAUCUUCCGGAUGGGGCCAGAGCCUGCAGGUGAGCUCAUUCUUUGCCCCGCUGCUGCGCCGCCCCUCGUGGCAGUCGUUGACUGGAGACAAACCCGCUGAACGGCCACAGACGCCCAGUACGCCCAAAUCCCCGCUUCCACCCGGAAUGACGACCAAGGUCGUGGAGAUUAUGCCCUUCUGUCAGCGGGAUCUGGAGCCUGAGUACAUCUAUGUGCUGGAUGCCUUCUUUGAAAUAUACAUCAUUGUUGGCUCGCUUUCACGCACCCAAGCUCAUGCAUUCUCCACAGCGCUCAUGUUCGCCCAAGACUACGGCAUCCUCGCCGUUUCCGAAGAAGACCGACCAUUCAUGCCAGUCACCACGAUUGUUCUCGAAGGUGUGCCUAGGGACAUGAAAGCAGUGUUCCGCUUCUGGGACGAUUCAAUCAUACCGGCAGCUGGGCUGAUGCGCGGCAAGCUUGGCCGCGGCAAGAGCUUGAGGAUUGUUGGCUUGGAGAAGGCUAUCGAAGCUACGAGACGUUGAGCGUUCUUCCCUUGAGUAUCUGGUUUCUUGGUUGGGCCGACAUGCAUACUAUGGUAUGAAACGGGCAUGUUGAAACGAAAUCGAUGUUCUCUAUGUGGUGAUAAUGAUGGGGACGACCUUUGUGCUUCUUGGAUGUAUUAUCGAUUGAUUUGUUGGUGUUUCUGUGGUGUACACUAUAGGCACAGGUAGUGGAGGCGCUGGCGCAUUGGGUAGUCGAUUUUUGGGUACAUGGUUUCCUGCUCCUAUGGGGCAUUCAAAAUAUGUCGACGUCAAUGCAUCGAAUGGCAC